CUUUGGCAACCCCCUCAGGCUCCCUUUGUAUUGAGUUCCCCUCCCCUCCAUCAUAGUCAGCUGCUUGGCAUCAGGCUGCUGUUGAAGAGUCCCAGCAUUACUGUCAUUCCGGCUGUAGAUAGUGGUCAAGACUAUAGUGUUAACCCACUGGCCCCUCCUGACACGAGCCAAAUUUACUGCGUAGACGACUGUGCUUUGCUUGUAGAGAGGAAGUGAGAACUGUCUUCACAUUCACUUAAGCCACUCAGAGAGACAUAAUACAGAGAUUUCUCUUGCUGGCUGCAUUAUGGAUUCCCUAACGCCACUAGUAACAUUGCAAUAUGUCUGGAAUAAUGAAUAUGUGAACUAAUAUCAGACAGGACCAAUUUUUUUUGGAUAAGAUGGCAGGAGGAAUCAUUUUCUCUUAUGAUGACCUGUUUGAUCCAGACUAUGCCAGCCUCCAUCCCCUCGUCUGUCACCUGUGUCAUGAGCAAUACCGCCAACCAUGUCUUCUGGACUGCUACCACAUCUUCUGUGCCAGUUGUCUGCGUGGCAGGACCAAUGACAAUCGCCUCAAUUGCCCCCUCUGUGGAUACCCCUCAGUCCUAAUGGGGACAAAUGCACUUCCCCCCGAGGACCGUUUGCUCGGGUUCCUGGUGGAUAAUUCGAUAGACAGUGUAGUACAGUGUGCUAACUGUGAUGUGGAAUGCAAAGCACAGGAUGCUGGGCCGAUGUAUUACUGUAACACCUGCAGCCAACCACUGUGUGGAGAGUGCAGAGAGCUCACACACAGCGCCAGGAUGUUUUCCCAGCAUGAUGUUGUGUCCCUGGCCAAACGAACCAAAGAGGGCCACCGCAAGUGCUCGCUCCAUGAAGAGCUGUACAUCAUGUUUUCAACAGAGAAAAAGUCCAUGCUGUGCAUCAAGUGUUUCAGAGACAUGCAAAUCGAGAAUCGCACCCACUGCAUUGACAUCGAGACGGCAUACGGGCAGGGAUGUGAAAUACUGGAUCAAGCUGUUCUGGCGGUGAAGGAGCUGCAGACGUCAGCACGAGAGGCCAUCGUACUGCUGAAGGCCAUGCUGGGUGAAGUGCGGACAAGUGCAGAGGAGGAGGAAACUGCUAUCUGUACUCUAUUCAACAGUAUGCAGGAAAAGCUUGCAGAGAGAAAAAAGGCCCUCUUAAAAGCUGCAGAAAGUCAACAUAAAGAGAAGGAGAAGGCACUAAAGGAACAACUUUCUCACUUGGCCACCCUCUUGCCCACUCUUGAGGUGCACCUGGUCACCUGCUCCGCUUUUCUCAGCUCAGCCAAUAAGUUCGAGUUCUUAGAUAUGGGACAUCAGUUGAUGAGCAGACUGUGUAGCAUUGUAAAGCUCCCUCACAAGCUUCGUCCUGUCCAGAGUACUAAGAUAAACACAGACUACCAUGCCGAGUUUGCCCACUGUCUGGAGCCUCUUCUAAUGUUGGGCCAGCGAAGGCCUGGCUCUGUAACUGCAGGCAUUGCCUUGAGUAACAGGCUUUCCCCUCUGUCUAUGUCGUGCCUGUCCCCUUCUCUUGAAAUGCCUUUUGGCCGGAGGCCCACCUUUCACCGAAACAUUUGCACCAAGGUGCUGCUGGCUGAGGGCAGAGAGUCACCCUUCACCGAGCACUGCCGCAAUUUCGAGAAAAGCUACAGGAUUCUGCAGACUGAGGUCCAGAGGCUGAAGGACGAGGUUCAGGAGAUGCACAGAGACCUGACAAAACAUCACUCUCUCAUCAACACGGACACUAUGGAUGAGAUCCUGGAAAGGUCUCUACUCAUUGACGAACAGAUCGCGUCUCAGUACUCUGCUGUGCAGACCCAGAGGGCCGUAUUUGAGGAGAUAUGGGAUGUGACCUUUCAAAGAGUAACCAAUGAGCAGGAGAUCUACGAAGCACAGCUCCAUGACCUUCUGCAACUGAAGCAAGAAAAUUCCUACUUGACAACCAUUGCACGACAGAUUGGACCCUACAUCUUAUCCAUAGCGAAAGUAAAAGAGCGUCUGGAACCCAGGUUUCAAAAGCCUGAGAAUGACUGCACAGACGCUGUAGUGAAAAUAUGUGAGGACAGCGCAGUGACUACUGAACAAAACAGCUGCAAUGAGAAGAGUCGCUCAGCAGUCUAUGAUGGAGACUCUGGCACAGACAACUCUCUUAUCCUGCUGCCUGGUGACACAUUACUAAAGAACAGUGACUUGUGCUGGCAAGGAAAGCAGAUAAAUAUUUCAAAGGCCUCCUGCGGCAAAGAGCUGCCACUAUAGAGCAACAUGUCAGGAUGAUGGUGAACACUGACCGCAAAUGUGGCAUGUGCUUUCAAGCAUGUGCUAGAUGCCAACACAUGAACAUGGGGCUUUACAGUAACUGAAAAAUAAGGAGGACAGGAAUGGAAUAUUAAUAACAUUUUAAAUGUGUCAAAUCAAACAGACCUUAGCUAUAAAAUGAUUGGAUCGGAUGGCCCAUAAAUUUCACAGACCGGUGGAUAGUGAUAUUAUUAUUUUAUAUUUUUUGGGGGGUAUUUUACAAGUAUCAGUGUUGUCAUUGUUUACCUAGACUAAAACCAAAAAAUACUAUUAAUUAUUUUCAGAAUGAUGAAAACAUUAGAUGAAAAAUGUAAUAAAAAUGUAAACAUAAAAAAAUUACAAAAAAAUAAAAAUAAAUUUGCACUAAAUAUGAAUAUUGAAUAGAAAGCUAAGAAAAAUGACAAAAGCACAUAAAUAAAUAACAUUAAAUUGUAAAAUUAAAAUCUGAAAAUAUAAAAAAGUGAUAAAAAAGACAAAUUCUUAAAAUAUAAAAUCACUGCUAUGCGAUUUUUUUAUUUUUAUUUUUUGUCUGCUGUCAAAUAAAUACUGGUUGUGAGUACUGAACAAUUUUCUGAGCAAAAAAAAUCUGAUAAGAAAUAAUUAUCCCUUAAACCAGGUGAAUGUUCAUGGGAGACCAUUUGUAUAUUAAUGCUAACCAAUAAGAUUCUACAUAUAAAAAGAGGGUGUGGUUUCUUAGUGCACUACAGCCAUUAGGUUUCUGUGAAAUAUUGGGUCUGCUGAUCAUGGCUGUCACCACCUUCCCUGUGUGUAAGAAUGGAAAGAAGGCUGGACAUAAUGUCAUCAGAUCAGAUUACAGCACUUCAGACCAAUGCCCCAGAGAAUACUGCAUAAAAAUACAUAAAUUAACACAGACUAAAGAAUAAACAGCUAGUGUGGCAAGCAUCCAUUUGUGGACAUUUAUGAAAAGCCAAUAAUCAUGACAUAUAGUAAAGAAAUAAGCUAACAGAUAUGCAAACAGAGUAGCCAGGUUUGACAUCAAUAUCAAUAGGAGAUAAAUGAGAACCAAUGGCAUUUGACGUCAGAUGUGUGACGCAACUAAAGGGUGCGCUUUUGAAUUGCAAACACUGCCUAUGUUGAAAACAACUGUGCUAAUACUUGAUACUUUUUCAGGAUUCUUUGAAUGGAACGUUCAAAAGAACUAUAUAUUUGAAAUAAAAAUCUUUUGUAUCAAUG